AUGUCGCUCAGUCCUUCUGCGUCUGUGUCGAACGGCUCAGAAUCUGCCUCGAAGCGCCGUAGGACGAGUGAAAUAGGUCGCUCGCCCCAGGAUGCGAAUCAGCCUGUGCACAUCCCAAAGAGAGGCGCACGGGCAUGCACAGCAUGCAGGAAAGGGAAGAAUAGAUGUGAAGGCGAGGCUCCUUGUCGCAGGUGCCAGUUAAGCGGUACCCCAUGCAUAUUCGAGAAGCCAGAGAAGAAAAACAACCAGCCUAUUGCUGGCGCCAGCGUGGAGAGAGUCUCUCGCCUCGAAGGGCAAUACCUUGUCAUGCAAAGCCAUAUGAUUGGCAUGCAGUCUUCUCUUGAUCGCAUUCUCGCCCUCGUUCAGAACCAAGCCCAAGGCAGCGGCAGCAUGCCCCCGCCCAGCUCAAUCUUCCCAUCGGCUGGAAAUGGCGCAUUGUCCCCUUCUGGACGUAACGGGUUUGAAUCUGGUCCAGGUUCCAGCGAUCGAGGCCGUUUCCCUCCCUUGCCAGGGUUUGCGCCACCACCUCACAAAUAUGCUACAUAUGGCAUUGUUCCGAGCACUGCUCCAUCGUCCGACGACGAGUCCGAGGAUACGCUGCCGCGAUCCACCUUGAACGCCCCCAUCGAAGCAUUGCAAGGCCUUGCGAACGCUGCUGCCGAGGCUGCGGCCGCGCCAUCUGCGUCUCCCCCCAGAGUCAAGAAGCGAAAGAGGGCUGAACCCAUUCCCAGAAAUGCGUUCCCCCACGUUGUCGAAAAGGGCCUCGUCGCGGACUCGGAAGCGCGAGAGUUGUACAAUAUAUUUUUCGCUGGUUGUCACCUGUUCAUUCCUCUCUUCGAUCCAACGUACGAUACAUACGAAAGCUUGAUGGAGCGCACGCCUUGGACGUUCGACGCCAUUUUAGCCAUCGCCGGCAAGAUUCGGAGCGGGAACGGCCCACUCAGUCCGACCUUCUUCAAAUGUCUAGAGGAGGCCCAAGGGAUUGCCCGUUCGUCUCUCUUCGGCCCUGUGGUCCGCAAGGAAGCGGUGCAAGGAAUGCUUCUGUUAGCUGCAUGGAGCACUAACGGUUGGCUUCCAAGUGGCCAUGCUAUGCGCAUGGCUCUUGAUCUUGGAUUACAUCGCGCUCUAGAAAAACUAGCUGAUGACAAUGGCAAACAGAGAACCCAAGAAGAAGAAAGAGAUCUAGUGGUAUCAGCACGCAUCUGGCUAUGUCUAUAUUGGUUCGAUCAUCAGAUGAGCUUGGGUACCGGCCGCCCAAUUGUUCUGCGCGAUGAGAAUUCUAUCCGUCACUGUCGUCUUCUUCUUUCCCACCCAAUGGCGUCUCCCACAGAUGUCAGACUGAUUUCCCAGGUUGAGCUGAUUAUUCAGAAGACACAAAUAUAUGAAACACUGGCUUCCUUGAACGGUCAAGUCAAUCAUAAUACCUUGGCCUUCAUCCGACGAGCGAAUGUGGCUUUAGACAAAUGGUGGCAGGAUUGCGAUGACCUUCACCGUCAGACGAUGGAUGAGAAUUCUCUCCUUCGAAAAAUUUUAAUGGGCGAAUUACAUUAUGCUAAGUUGUGGCUCGUCUGUGUUGCUCUACGUGGUGUAGCUUGGGAUAAGAUGCCCUUCGAGCAACGAGAGUUGGCCUUCCAGGCUAAAGAUGCUGCGUUCCGUUGUUUAUCCGUAUUCUUAACUUCGUCUGAAUACCGUGCUGCUCUCCGAUAUGCGGUUCACGAUAGUCUCGUGACAGCCGCAUUCUCGGGUCUUUUCCUCCUCAAGAUGGCGAGUUUGUUUCCCGCCGAACUGGAUUUGGGCGCAAUCACAACUCAAGUUGAACAAUUGGCUCAGCUUCUAUCUGAUGUCGCUGCUGAGAGAUAUGCUCUUACGCUACGAAUCAUGCUAGCUAAUCUUCGUCGUAAAGUUGGCCUUGGAAGUGGUAUUAACACUCCGGUACCGACAAUGCCUCCUCCGGGUUUUGCAGACAUGAUUGUAUCACCUACAUUCGUUGACCCGGCUAUGCCUCCGCCAUUUACGAUGGAGGAGCUUGGCUUUGUCUGGCCAAGUGAUAGAGGGAUCGUCAGUCCUUCUGCUAUUCCAGUUUGGCUUCAAGAACAAAGCCUCACAGAUCUGGGUCUCCCAGUCAACGGUUCUGAUGGCAUCUUCCUGCAGAUGCAUGGAACCAACGGCUGGACAGCAGAUUUUGCUCCCGGACCAGAGGCAUGGUAA